AUGGGUGGUUAUAUAAAGAUUCGCACACACGAUGAUAUUCAAGAGACGGAACCGAGGAAGCAACUCAUUUUGCUGAAGGAGAUCCCCAUUUGUGAUAUUGCAUUGUCUCAUGACAGCAGUAAGUCUGUGAACUUGUCAAACAGAGCAUCUACAUCCUCCAAAAGGAAUUUGAGGUUAGAGGUUGAAGAAGAGGUUGAUAUGUUAUCAUCAAUUUGUCGACACAAGGAAAAAGUACUGUUGUCUGCUGGUUGGGUAGUUAGUAUUACACAUAUAGGACAGAAAUUUGAAGGUGGAAUUGUUGAAUUUCGUAAUGCAUUGUCGAAGUUUUCUAUUGAGUGUGGAUUUGAGUUCAUAUUUGUUAAGAAUGAUAAAGUUCGUGUUAUCGCACAAUGUUUGUUUAGAGAGACAAAAGGUUGUAUGUGGAAUGUUCAUGGUAGAGUGGAGAAUGCUAAUGGGUUCUUUUAUAUAAUGAAUGUCCACACAUAUGGUGCUGAAGUACAUACGAUGAAUCAUUCUCGUAUGAGUUCUGAUUUAGUUGCUGAUUUGAUUGUUGAAGGUGUUCAUGAUAAUCCAUUGGCACGUCCAGUUCAUGUUGUUCGGGAUUUUAAGUUGGUGUAUGAGCCGAGAGUUAGUUAUCGUCAAGCUUGGUUGAGGGUAGAGAAAGCAAAAUGUGAGAUUUUUGGAGACUACUUAAUGUCAUUUGACCAGUUAAGAUGGUAUGUGGAUGUUGCAAAGAGUUGCAAUCCAGGGAGUUACAUUGAGUUUGAGUGUGACGAUGAUACUAAACGGUUUAAGAGAUUAUUUGUUUCUUUUCAUGGUUUCAUUAGUGGAUUUAAUUAUUGUCGGCCUCUCUUAUUUCUUGAUAGCACAUUUUUUAAGGGAAGAUUUAGAGGAAAUUUACUUGCUGCUACAGGAAAAGAUGGAAAUCAAGGGUUCUUUCCUGUUUGUUUUGCAGUUGUUGGCUCAGAGAAUCAAGAUAACUGGCGUUGGUUUUUGGAGCAUUUGAGUAGAAUUGUUUCAUCAGAACGAAAUAUUACAUUUGUGUCAGAUCGUAACCUUGGAUUAGUUGAAGUGUUGCCAAAGGUUUUCCCAAUGGCUUUCCAUGCUUAUUGUUUAUAUCAUAUGAAGAUGAACUUGAGGCAUCAUUUGCGUGGUAUGUUUCAUGGAUUGAAAGAAAAGCUGAUCACUAUGUUUGGGAAAUGUGCAUAUGCUCCAAUUGAAGAAACAUUUCAUCAAUGUUUGGUUGAGUUAAAAACUAAAGGUGGGUCAAGAGUUGAAAAGUUUUUAGAUGACAUACCAUAUGAUCAUUGGAGUAAUGCAUAUUUUCUAGGGCAACGCUUUGGAGAGAUGUGGUCAAAUGUAGUUGAAUCUUUCAAUUCGUGGAUACGAGAGGAACGCCACUUGCCUAUCACAAAGUUAAUUGAUAGUGUAAGAAUUAAGUUGAUAAAGAAAAUUGUUAAGAUGAGGGAACUUGUUAAUAAAUGGAAUGGUUUGAUAUGCCCUAAAAUGGAGUCCAAGUUGCAUGAUGGUUUUAAUACUUCGAGGCCAUGGAUUGUUAGUUCAUCUGGAAAUGAUGUCUAUGAGGUGCAUUCACAUCCAUCUGUUUCAGUUGACAUUAGUAGACGAAUAUGUUCUUGUGGCGAGUGGCAAUUGAAAGGGUUUCCAUGUGCACAUGCAGUUGGUGCUAUACAAAAGAGUGGACAUGAUUUGAGUUUAUUUGUUGAUUUUUGUAAAUAA